GUCAAGCAGCGCUAACGCCUCAGGCGAGCAGAGUCCGGUCAGGAGCAAGAGGUGGCGCAGUUUGGAGCGCCAAAGUGGCAUCCAAAACAUUUCCUGGUAUCGGUUGGCGUUUUGCUGGUGCGUCAGGCUGGGGAAGGGCAAAAGGAAAAAAUGCCGUUUUCCCAUCCGCUCAUUUCUACAGCAAGGCCUGGGCGAGGAUGAGGCCGUGGCUGCUGCGCUGCGCGACGCAAAGGCCUACCGCGAGGAGCUGGUGCGCAAGGGCAUCCUCAAGCCACCGAAGGCCUUAAACUCAGAGCAGGGCAAGUGCUCCACGGUGGUUGGAGUAAGUUUUCAAAAUCAACAAAAGAAGUGGCAGGUGAAGUUGCCGGAUGCCACCAACAAGAAAAGAGCUUGGGGUGGUUACUUCAGCAGCCAGGAGGAAGCCGAGCUCAAGGCCCGGGAACUCGCCAAGGAGCUGGGCAUCAAGGACAUCGAGCACAAGGUGGUCCCGGUGAAGCAUCUCUCGGAGCUGAAGCACUUCGAGCCGCUGGGCCCCCAGCUAGGAGUCAAGUGGAACCUCGGCGAGCAGUGCUGGCAUGCCAGGUGCAGUGUGGCAGGCAAAUUGCGGCACAUGCGGUGCAGGCCCAAGGAUUUCUCGGAGAAGGAAGUGGAGAAGGCAUGGAAGCAGGCAGUGGCUUGGCGCAAGCAGCAAGAGAAGGAGAGGGAUCAGGCUAAGAAGCGCUGA